CAAAGUUGUUAACCUUUUACAAUCCCUACGCAACAUUGGAUGCUUUACGCUGGAGAACAAUAUUUCAUUCAUAAAAAAAAUAUAUUAAUUUUUAUUAAAUAUUUUUCAUUAGAGAAUAUAGCUUAAAAAGGUCCGCAAAAAACUUUUUUAAUGCUUUCCUGGCGCAUUUGCGUUCGUGCUUGCUGUACUAGAAGCAAAAUUAAUUUUCAGAAAUAUGUUGCAAAAAAUGAUCAUUCAUAUUCUUUAUGUAAAAGUGGAGGGAAUUUUUCUCCACUUAAUAAAGAUUACAAUUUGAAUCACUAUAGAUGGAUUCAGCUAUCUAGUACAUCUCUUUCUCGUACAAGCAGGACCUUUAUGCCUGUUGAAGAAUUUGUGCAUCCAAAUAAAGAUGAAAAGCCGAAAUCGAAAGGCGGUAAUAUAAGUUUAAGUGAGAGUCCGGCAAUUACAGAGAAAAAUGUUGAUGAUAUUUUGUUUGAUAUGUUUAAAGAUGCAGAUGGAAAAGUUGCUGUUGGAAAAUUUCUUUCAGCCCUUUCUGCCACUGGGCUAAGAAAAAGUGAUCCACGUUUAAAAGAAAUGAUGACCAAAUUGCGAGCCAUACAUAAGGAAAUGCGAGAUAUGGGUUCUCCAGAUUCUAUUACGUUAGAUAGAGAUAGCUUUAAGAAAGUUAUAAAAGAAAAUAUCGUCCUCAUAAGCAGAGCUUUUCGUAAUCAUUUUGUAAUUCAAGAUUUUCCUGAUUUUGUCAAAUGUAUUGAAGAUUUUUAUUGGAAGUGUAAAGUAAACACUGGUGGAAAGGUUGCUUCUUAUAUUCCCCAACUUGCCAAGUACAAUCCUGAUUAUUGGGGUGUUAGUAUAUGUACUGUUGACGGUCAAAGGUGUUCCAUAGGUGAUACAGAAAUUCCUUUCACGAUUCAAUCAUCUGGGAAGCCAAUGAAUUAUGCAAUCGCACUUUCAGAGCUGGGCUCUGAUAUUGUUCAUCAGUAUGUUGGUCAGGAACCUAGUGGACGGAUGUUCAAUGAGCUUGUUUUAGAUUAUAAUAAAAAGCCUCACAAUCCAAUGGUAAAUGCUGGUGCUAUUGUUAUCUGUUCACUCCUUCUGUAUAUAGUUGAACCGGAGAUGAGAGUAUCAGAAAAGUUUGACUGGAUCUGUCAGUACUACAAGGCAAUGGCUGGAGGGGAAUAUCUCGGAUUCAACAAUGCCACUUUUCUAUCCGAGCGAGAAGCUGCUGACAGAAAUUAUUCUAUAGGAUUUUACAUGAAGGAGAAUAAAUGCUAUCCCGAAAAGGCCAAUUUAAAAGAUAUCAUGGAUUUUUACUUUCAAAUGUGUUCAUUGGAGGUGAAUUGUGAAACUGUUGGAGUAAUGGCCGCCACUCUUGCCAAUGGGGGCAUAUGCCCCAUUACAGGCCAACAGGUAAUUGAUACCCAUUCAGUUCGAGAUGUCCUUUCCCUCAUGCAUUCUUGUGGCAUGUAUGAUUAUUCUGGUCAGUUUGCUUUCAAGGUUGGACUUCCUGCCAAAUCAGGUGUGUCGGGAACAACUAUGGUCGUUGUUCCUAAUGUGAUGGGAAUUUGUCUUUGGUCACCACCUUUGGAUAGUUAUGGAAAUUCAGUUCGUGGAGUUCAAUUUUGUGAAGAACUUGUGCGCGUUUUUAAUUUUCAUCAUUAUGACAAUCUUCGUCACACAACUCAAAAGCGGGACCCCAGGAGGCAAAAAUAUGAGACCAAAGGACUUAAAAUUGUUGGCCUUCUCUUCAGUGCUGCCAGUGGAGAUGUCACAGCAAUGCGAAGGCACUACUUAUCUGGAAUGGAUAUGGGACAGAGUGAUUAUGAUGGUCGCACAGCUUUACAUCUCGCAGCUGCAGAAGGUCAUAUUGAAUGUGUUGAGUUUUUACUCAAAGUGUGUGGAGUGGAUUAUAAACCCCAAGAUAGAUGGGGCCAUACUCCACUGGAUGAGGCUCAUGCAUUUGGGCAUGCUGAUGUCGCUGAACUUUUGGAAAAAUGGGAAUCUAUGCAUGAUCAAGACCUACAUUCCAGGAAUGAGAAGGAACGGUCCCUACUUUUUAGAAAACCCAACCCCAUUGACAAAAAAGUGUUUGAUUGAGUAUCCUUAGUACCUGUUUCCUUGGAAUUCCUGUGUAGCACAUAAACUUUUGAUGUAUUUUGCACCAAAUUGUUCAAGAGACUUAAUAGACAUGUUCCAAAAAGUUUUCUGGAAAAUUGGGUCUGAAUUAACUAUUGACAUGCUAAAAUUAAAUUUUUAUGAGUGUGUAAUUUUGUAGUUACAGACUUAUGGUGGUAGAAAAUGUGAUUUAUGUGCUGAACUAGAAUAACCAAGAAAAAAAAAUUAGAUUUUAAAUGGAAAAGAAAAACACUACAAAAUGUAGAAUGAUUGAAGUAAUCAUUAAAAUUUUUGUAAAAGCUUAAAUUUUAAAAUACAAAUUAUGCUUAAUCUAACAAGGCAAAAUACUAAAAAAAAAUUCUAUAAUUAUUUUUAGAUUGGUUCUCUUAUAUUGAAGGAUAAAGUUAAAAAAUGAUUACAAAGAAAAUUAAAAAAAAUAUUUUUUUAAAAAUCAUGCCACUUGAAUAUUUU